UGCAAGCGCAGCACCCUCCCCCGGAAGCGGAAACCGAGAACCUGGCGUCACGGAAACCACCAGACCGGAAGCGGAGAGACAGAGCGGCAAGCGAGAAUUCAGAAGAUGAUCAAUGGAAAUGGGACUUUUGUAGAACCCUAAUGUCUUCUCCCUCAUCUCCUGUUAGUUUUACAGGCCUACUUUGGUAUACACAUCCUGAUUCAGGCCAUGCUAGUGCCAAUAUCGCUUAUUCCUUGACUCCUAAGAAGUAAAAUAUGGCGCAUGUUCAUGACAUCAUAGUCCUAGAUGAUGAAGAGGAAGAAGAAAAACCACACUGCUCUAAAGUUAAGAGCUCUCCUAAGCAGCCAAAACCUCAAAGUAAUGGGAAGAAGGAAGUUGAUGACAACCAGAAGAGUGCCACGUUUGGUGCACAAAAUAACAAACUGUUUGAAGAGUUCGUAGAUUACUGUUCCAGUCUCACUUUAGAGCAUCCAGAAGUCAUAUUUUUUCUCAGGGGGAAAUUUUCCCGAGCCAACCCUUCAUUUCUAUCCUCUGUUGAGUUUCACAACGUCCUGGGCCGGUGUCUCACCAGGGUGCAAAACAAGCACUCUAAGGUUUAUGUUUACAUAAAUGAGCUAUGUACAGCCCUAAAGGCCAACUCACAAAAACGCAAGAUUUCCUUACAACCCUCAUCAAGUGUGCAAUCUUUUGAAGAAAGUAGGGAAAUAGUAGAUGAAAAUCCUGAAGAGGUAAAAGAAGAAGAAACCCAAGAAAGGAAACCUGGAUCUAAGCGUCAAAUUCGGUAUUUGGAGAAUUUGCUCCGAAUAUACUCUAGAGAGAUCCAGAAGCUACAAGAGAGAGAGCUAAGCCUUGAUGAGCUAGAAGAUGAGGAUUCAGCCUACAUACAGGAGGCCAGACUCAAACGCAAGCUUUUGCGUAUUUUCCAGAAACUUUGUGAUCUGAAAAACUGUUCCAGUCUUACUGGUAGAGUAAUAGAGCAGAAGAUACCUUAUCGAGGCACUCGCUACCCAGAAAUAAAUCGCCAACUGGAGAAAUUUAUCAAUGGAUCUCAGGAUAUUUUUCCGGAUUAUGGGGAUGUGUUGCGAGUGAUUCAGAAAGCUAGCGAUAGGCAUGCUCUUGGGCUGCCACGCAAACAAAUACAGAGCAUGGCCCAGGAUGCUUUCCGAGAACUUGGCAAUCGACUGCAGGAGAGGAGACACUUAGACUUGGUGUAUAAUUUUGGGUGUCACCUAACGGAUAUUUAUAAGCCUGGUAAUGAUCCUGCUCAUAUGGAUUCAAUGUUACAACGGCGUCUCCGUGAGAACCGCUCUGUAGCAAUGAAUCGACUGGAUGAACUCAUCAAAAAAUAUGCAGAAAUGCAAGAUGAUGGAGAGGAAGAGGAAAGACAAAAGAAGAAGAAGGGCGGUGAUGCACACAGCAGCUCCCAGCCUAGCCGUAGGCAAUCUCCGGAAUCCGAGGAAGAGGAGUCAGAAGAGGACUCGGACACUGAUAUUGAGAAGGAGCUCAUAAAUUCUCAAGAGAUGAUUGAUGGAGAAGAAAAAGAUGAAGAUGAAGAAGAGCGUCCUGCCGACCAGGAUAAUGAAGCUGACCAGAGGAUGGAGAGUUCUUCAGAACCCCCUCAGCCCACUUCUUCUGGUGGAGAAGAGGAGGAGGAUGAAGAAAUGAUAGAAGAGCGAAAUUCUAACUCCAAUGAAGAUGAAGUGGAGGAAUCAGUUGAGCAGGAUACACCUCCAUCUUCAAAUCCACCAAUAGUCCAAGAAGAAACCCCAACUACAUCUUUGGAGAUAGAAGUAGAACUUCUUCCCUUGGAACGUUCUCCUGUUAACGACACUUUAUCUCAAAGCCGAGAGGACAUGGAGUUAGGUAAAGAGGAGAGUAAGCCGGAGGAAGACCGCUUCAGAGGUCACCAAGCAUUGCCGAAAAUAUGUGAUGAUGUAGCUCAAGAGGUAGAAAAGGCAGGGCCAAAUUUAGAGUGCAGUUCAACAGGGGAUAUGCCCGAUGACAAAGUUAAGGCUUGUACACAAUGUGACACACCUACAGAUGUGAAAGGUGAUGUGAACAGUGGAACAGAUGGGCUGUGCUUGGAGAAUGAUUUAUCCUCUGGGAGUUGCUCAGUACAGGCUGGCAUUGAGGUUCCACAUGAAAAAAGCAGUUUGAAGGACAGCGAGACAUUUGAAUCUGAUUCUAGACGCUCAUGUAUCGAAAAGAAGACUCCCUUCACAGAGGAUAUCAUAUCUAUUGAUACCGAAAACAUAGAUGCAAAGACCCUGCAGCUAGAAAAUUACACACAGAUUAAAACAGAGGGACCGUGUGUUAAGCUACCUAAAGAGCGCAGCAUACACGUAGUCUCAAGAAGACUAUGUAUGAAGAGUAGUGUGCAAACUGAGGAUCCUACAUUUAACAAGAGAACAGCUAAUACUGAGAAUGUAUUGAAAUGUGAUAACAUGAAGGGUGACACUCCCACAACGAACAGUCCCCUCAGCGGGGCUGAGAGUGAUAGGAAUGAGGAAACAGAUGCUACACAUGAUGGCAGCAGCAAUGGAGUUUCUCAUGUUAGUACAGAAACGCAAAACAGUACAGAAAUGCAAAACCGCACAGAUUCACAUGGCCUAAAUAACCAUACGGAAAGACAGGGCCACCAAAAUUCUUCAAAUAAGGAAAGGACCAAGGACUCAACCCCCCAUUCCAGGAAGAGAAAAAGAAUCCCUGCAAAACUUAUACUUAAUAAUGGGAAGAGCAUGUUAAAUGGGAGCAAUGAGGAUGAAAGCAGGAAGGAGAAAAAAUGCAAGAGAGCAAGGAGAGAUUGUUACUAUUCAUCACUCCUCAGUUCACCUGACCCAGCCAGUGACCAUGAGAACACACAUGACAUUUCUUUAGACCUGGUGGUGACCUGUAGCCCCCCAGAAUCCCCGUCCUCUCCAGUCAAUAAUCGCCUCAUGUCUAAUGUCUCCACACAGUGUGAUCCGGAUGAAGUGAUUGUUCUCUCUGACUAACUUCGCUGACUACUUUUUGUACAAUUCUUUCAAGAUGCAAGAAUCCGGAUAUCUAUUCGGGGUUUGUUAGAACUAUUUAGUGAUAUAGGGAAAAAUGUUGGGCCUCAUCUAGUGGGGAGGACAAACAUGGUGUCUUAAGGUAGUUGCCUUUCUGUACAAUUACCUGUUAAGUGCCAUUUAGUUCAAUGCAUUUUCAGUCUUUUGCACUGACACCUAUGGGUGCUUCCCUUUUCGUGCUUGCUGGUAACUCUGUAACGAAAGUGCUACCUAUGACGAUUUUCUGGAGGUAUUAGGAGAAGUAUCUCCCUGUGCUUAUUUAAACUGAUUUUUUUUUUCCAACUUGGGGUUGAUGUGUGGUGGGGGUACCAUCCUGGGGUGUUUUCGGUAUCUCCCCCUGGGCAUUUUGGAUAUCUUCCGCUGCCAUACAUCUUCUUUAGGUUUUGUAAAAAAUUUGAGAAUAAAUUUUU